GAUAUUAUGGACAUAUUUCCAAAUUAAUAUACAACAGCUAUUAUUUCAUUUAAUAUUAAUGAAAUUGUAGCCGUGCGUUUUAUAAAUUUUGGGAGUUAGAAAGAGAGAGAUAUAUUUCGAUUUGCAGUGUUUUCAAAAUAUGUCAUAUAUGUGUCAUUCUCAUUGUUUUCUUGUCAAUGUCGGUAAAUCGGAGGGUGGAAGUUAUUUGGGCGUUUUUUAAAAAUAUUUAAUUUAAAUGCACGAAUUUUUAUGUUACAUGCACAACAGUUAGUUUUGUAUAUUAAAUUAGAAGUCUGAUCUAAGCAGAACCAAACUGACUAAAUAACAAAAUGGCUUGGCGAUUCAAAGCUUCUAAAUAUAAAAAUGCUGCACCUAUUGUCCCCAAACCUGAAACAUAUGUUAGGGACAUUACUGUAGGUUCAUAUCAGACCUAUGGCAAUAACAUUGCAGCUUCUGCCAAGUUUAUGGCCUUCAAUUGGGACCAUGCUGGUUCUAGCUUAGCAGUUUUACCUAUUGAUGAUUGUGGGAGAAAAAGCAAACUUAUGCCUCUUUUACAUGCUCAUUCAGAUACAGUGACAGAUCUUGAUUUCUCACCUUUUCACGAUGGUCUUUUAGCAACAGGAUCUCAGGAUUGUUUAGUGAAGAUAUGGUGCAUCCCUCCUGAAGGAUUGACUGAAUCUUUAAGCAAUGCAGAAUGUGUUUUCUCUCAUAAACAAAGGCGUGUUGAAACUGUAGGCUUCCAUCCAACUGCAGAUUUCCUGUUACAUUCUACAUCAUAUACUACCUUAACUCUAUGGGAUUUGAUAUCUGAAAAAGAACUCUUUUCUAAUAGCGAUCACGACGAAGUUAUACAAAGUGUUAGUUGGAAAAGGGAUGGAACAUUAUUAGCUACUUCAUGCAAGGAUAAAUUGGUAAGAAUUAUCGAUCCAAGAUCAGAAAAUCCUUGUGUAAUGCAAGCAAACAGUCAUCAGAGUAUUAAAGACUCUAGAGUUGUAUGGCUAGGAGACCAGGAUAAAAUUUUAACCACUGGAUUUGAUGCACAAAGGCUUAGACAAGUUAUAAUUAGGGAUUUAAGAAAUUUUAAAGAAACUGAGAAAACAUUGGAACUAGAUUGCUCUACGGGCAUUUUAAUACCUUUAUAUGACCCAGAUACUGGAAUGUUGUUUUUGGCUGGCAAAGGUGACACGACUAUUGGUUAUAUGGAAGUGUCGGAUCGAGAACCUUACCUUAUUGAAGGUAUCAGACAUUCCGGAGAACAAACAAAAGGAGUUUGCUUGAUUCCCAAACGAGCCUUGAAUGUCAUGCAAGGUGAGGUAAACAGGAUCAUGCAGCUGACAAGUAGUUCUGUUAUACCUGUAACCUAUCAGGUACCAAGAAAAACUUACAGAGAUUUUCAUGCGGAUAUUUUUCCGGAUACUCCAGGUUACAAGACUGAUUUGACAGCGGACCAAUGGAUUCAAGGUGUCAAUAAGGCGGUGCCUAAAUUUAGCUUGGAUCCUGCCAAGAGAGAAAAGGGGGAGGAACCUAUAGUGGUUCACAGAGGCAAUAUUGCCCAACUUCGGGAAGAGUUUGAAAAAUCUAAAGCCAACAGAAAACCGGCGGAGUCUAAGCCAAAAAUUAUUGAGACAUCUGUCAAACCUGAGAUCCAUCCGGUAAGAAGCAUAGUGAAAGAGCUGGAAAAGGACAAGGAAAACGUUCCAGAGAAAAGUCCUAAGAAAAAUGUGGAUGAAAUUGAUAAGAAAAUCAGUGAAGUUAAGGCUGCUACUGAGGAAGAAGAUAAAGAAAAGGCCCCUGCACAGACCAUAGUCCCUCCCAAACCCCUGCCGAGAACUUCGCGCACUAGUUCCGUCUGUGAGUCGACUGAAGAAGCCUCCAGCGCCCCCAAACCGGUGGCCAGACCUCGAACUAAUAGUUGCGUUCCCAUUGUGACGUCUGUGAAUCCCAACGGCCCUAUCGGUGGUUAUAAGCCUCGUCUUGGUCCCAAGCCGUUUACUCCUCCAAACUUAAAUGAUACUGAAAAUACGUUUAGUAAAGUAUUCUGUGUCCCACCUGUUCCAGGACAGGCAGCGUCCAAUGGUGUCACUGGGAAUACAAGUGAAGCUGUGGUUACGCCUGAACAAGAAAAAGAAAAAUCGCCAACAAGUGACACUGAACCCACGCCACUGAAACAGGACAAUGAAAACAGCAAAUCCGGAUCUAGUGGCGAAGAGGAGACAUCUUGCGAUUCAGGUUAUAUUCCGAAAACACCCAGUACAGCGGAAAGAAGAAAACUAUUUGAAACCCGUACAAGUUCGAAAGAAAAUGAACCUGAGGACAAUUUCGAUGCUGUCGAUCAAAGUGGGAAUUUUGAAAGGAAUUCGUUACAAAGGAACAGCAUUGCAGAAAGACGAAAACUUUAUGAAAGAUCGCAAUCUGUUCAAGAUCAACCCACAACAAUUACAGAGAAAAGCACUUCUUCGCCUAUAAUGCUGAGAAGAAAAGAUUCUUUUAAAAACCAAAAGAACGAUGAAGCUCUAAAGGAAGAUAACAGGAGAAGCGUACCUAUGUCAAAACAACAGUCGUUAGAUCCUCAGUCGCUGAAGAAAAACGAAUCUGUGGCACCUAAAAGAACAUCCACAGUUUUUGGGCGAGUAUCAAAGUUUAGGCACUUGAAAGGAACGACAGCUCAUAAAAGUUUUCAUAUCGAAAAUAUUAGAAAUCUGAGUAGACAGAUUCCCGGUGAAUGUGAUGGUUUUCAUGCUAACCCUGAAAGAGUGGCAGUGCCUCUGAGUGGCCCAGGUGGCAAAAUCGCGAUAUUUGAACUUGGCAAACCUGGUAAGCUGCCUGAUGGUGUUAUUCCCACACUGGUACACGGCAACUACAUAAUGGACUUCGCCUGGGAUCCGUUUGACACCCACCGCUUGGCGGUAGCUGGCGACGAUGGCGUCAUCAAACUAUGGAAGAUACCGGAAAACGGUUUGGCCGAACCUACAAAUGAACCGGAAGACCAAUUUAACGCACAUCCGGAGAAAAUCUACUUUGUUAAGUUUCAUCCGACAGCCAAAGAUAUUUUAGCAUCAGGUUCUUAUGAUAUGACAAUAAGGAUUUGGGAUUUGUCCGCAUCGGCACCAGAAAGUCCGAAGAUUGUUCUGGAAGGACAUACAGACCAAAUAUUCAGUUUCUGUUGGUCACCUGCGGGUGACCAGUGCGCCACUGUCUGCAAAGAUGGUAAAAUAAGAGUGUACAAUCCCAGGAAGAAUAUUCAACCCAGUAAAGAAGGCAAAGGGCCUGAAGGCAAUCGCGGAGCUCGUAUAGUAUGGGCCCUCGAUGGAAGAUACAUAGUAACGAUGGGUUUCGAUAAAGUAUCCGAAAGACAAAUCACCAUCUACAAAUCCAACGAUCUGAGUACUCCAUUAAACACAGUAGGACUUGACGUAUCUCCUGCUAUCCUGAUACCCUUUUACGACGAAGACAGCUCAACGUUAUUUGUCACCGGCAAAGGCGACUCGACCAUCUACGCGUUCGAAAUAACCGACGAACAUCCUUAUAUCUGUCCUUUGAGCCAUCACAGAUGCAACUCGCUACAUCAGGGACUGUCAUUUCUACCCAAAAACACUUGCGAGGUACAGAAUGUUGAAUUCGCCAAAGCGUACAGACUGACAAACAAUUCCAUCGAACCUUUGAGCUUUACAGUGCCUAGGAUAAAGACGGAACUGUUUCAAGAUGAUCUGUUUCCACCAACAAGGAUAACAUGGAAACCAUCCUCAACUAGCGCAGAAUGGUUUAGUGGCAAAGACAAAGGUCCUGAGAGGUUAAAUUUGAAGCCUGAAGGAAUGGAAUCUCUUACCGAAAAUCAGCCACAGCCGAACCAGGAGAACAGAACGAUAAAUAAAUCGGCGUCUAGUCCGUUUAUUGGAGCGUCAAAACCGUUCAAUAGACUGGGAUGGAACGCAGACAUGAGCGGGGAAACCAAAGCCAAACAAGUUGAGAUCCAGAAGGCUAUGAGUACUAGGCUGGAAGUCAACUUAAAACUUGAACAAGACGAGAUGGAAGGAGUAGACGAAAAAGAAUGGAACGAUUAAAAACCUUCAUUGAUCUUUUCAAUUUUUACAUAUUUAUUUCACUAUUUUGUGUGAUGUUUGGUACCUCCAAGGUACUCAAUCACUCUAUGCUUUUAACUUUGAAAAAGAAACUUUAAAAUAAGGAUAGGCUUCUGGAGCCCCUUCAGUUUUCCUAAUAUUUAAAUAUUAAUUAUUUAUUCGUUUUUUUUUUAAAUAUUUUUGUUGUAGGUAAUUUUAUCUAAAAAUAACACUAUAAAAUCAAAUUUUAAGGUUACGUUUUUAAAUAUUAAGAGAAUCUGAUAGAGGCGUUAUAAUAUAAAUAAGCGUCAUAUAUGUAGAUAAAAACAUAAACCAGCUUUAUCUUUUUUAAUUUUAUAACUUUAUAUACCGGAAACUUGAUGUGAUGGUUGAUUAACAAGAAAUAUCUUUAUUAACCAUCUCUAGUGUGCAAUUCUGGCAAUUUUUCGUGUUUUAAACACAUAUUUUCGUUUCAAAAAGAAAAAAAAACUACAGUGUAUUCAUCAAAGGCACGGCAAUAAUGUUUAUAAUAUAAUAGAGAAAAUAUCUCUAAUGAUUUAUUAUCUCUGAGAAUAGUGCAGUUGCGACAGUACUGAAUCUGAAUUCAUAGUAAAAAUCAUAAUUUUGUGUCAAUAAGUUCACAAAAUAAAUGGGAGAUAUUUUUAUUAUUGAGUUAUCUGGAAAAAAUUUAUAUACAAUUUCUUCAGCAUAUCCAAUAACUAAUAAACAUGACAUAUGUCACGCGAGAAAACAUGAUCAUGGAUGCAAAUUACAGAAAUAUUGUAUACAUAUCCUAGAUCAUAUAUACAGGGUGUCCCACUUAAGAUGGAUACAAGCCAAUAUCUUGGUUGUUUGUUGAGCGAUUUUUUUCAUUUUUGGCAGGAGGCUG